AUGUUCUCUGCUCCUCUGGUAUAUAGAGAUUUCUUCUUCAUCUCUUUUUCUCCUGCCAGAAACCCAAUAAAGAGUUUCUCUCUCCGUUUACUAGACGACCCUUCUCGCACCGAAUCUCAAGACAACAUGGCCUCAUUUGACGGGCCAGGGUUUACAAUGGUUGAUGGUGCUUGGAUCCGAACCAAAGCCAUCGACGUUGAAUCAUCAACCGACAUCUCUCCAUACCUCUCCCUCCUCCUAGAAGACUGUGUCUGGAACGGAAACCGAGCCAUCAUCUUCGACGUCUACUGGAACGUCGAAUCCGAAGACGCAAAGUCCGAGUGGCGUCUCUCCUCGGUGAAGCUAAGCACCAAGAACCUCUGCCUCUUCCUCCGUCUCCCAAACCCGUUUCACGACAACCUCAACGAUCUUUACCGCUUCUUCGCUUCCAAAUUCGUCACCUUCGUCGGCGUCCAGAUCAAAGAAGACCUGGCUUUGCUUAAAGAGAACCACGGCAUUGUGAUCCGCAGCUCGUUGGAGAUUGGGAAAUUGGCUGCUACAGCUCGAGGAACACCGAUCGUUGAGUUCCUUGGAACGAGAGAGUUGGCUCAUAAGAUUCUUUGGUAUGACAUGAGCCGGCUUGAUUCGAUUCAGUCCAAGUGGGAUGAAGCAGAGUCUAAAGAUCGUCUUGAAGCUGCAGCUAUUGAAGGUUGGCUUAUUUACAAUGUGUAUGAUCAAUUGCAGCAGUGA